AUGGAAUCGGAAAACAUAUCGAACACGGCCCAUCCGUCGCAGAUUACAGGUCGCAUUUCGCAGAUUAUCGGCCCCGUGGUGGACGUGGCGUUCGAAGGCCCCGAAAACGAGGUCGUUCUGCCCAGCAUCCACGACGCCAUGCAGAUCCGGCGCGACAACGGAAAAAUCCUGAUCGUCGAAGUACAGCAGCACAUCGGUGAAAACACCGUGCGCACCGUCGCGAUGGACAGCACCGACGGCCUGCGCCGGGGAAUGGAAGCGGUAUCGCACUUCAGCCCGAUUACCAUGCCGGUCGGCGAGCAGAUCAAAGGGCGGCUGAUGAACGUCGUGGGCGAUGCGAUCGACGGCAUGAAGCCGCUCGACGAAAAAGGGGCUUACCCGAUCCACCGCGAACCCCCGAAAUUCGACGAACUGACCACCGUGCAGGAAGUGCUCUACACCGGUAUCAAGGUGAUCGACCUGCUCGAACCCUAUUCGAAAGGCGGUAAGAUCGGACUGUUCGGCGGCGCAGGCGUCGGCAAGACCGUGCUGAUCAUGGAACUGAUUAACAACAUCGCCAAGAAACACCACGGCUUUUCGGUUUUCGCAGGCGUCGGCGAGCGUACCCGCGAGGGCAACGACUUGCUGCGCGAAAUGAUCGAAUCGGGCGUGAUCCGCUACGGCGAGGCGUUCAAGGAGAGCAUGGAAAAAGGCGAAUGGGAUCUGUCGAAGGUGGAUUACAAGGAGGUCGAGAAAUCGCAGGCCACGCUGGUGUUCGGACAGAUGAACGAACCUCCCGGAGCCCGCUCUUCGGUGGCGCUGUCGGGGCUAACCGUAGCCGAAUCGUUCCGCGACGCGGGAACCGGAACCAAGGACAUCCUGUUCUUCAUCGACAAUAUUUUCCGUUUCACGCAGGCGGGCUCCGAAGUAUCGGCGCUGCUCGGACGUAUGCCGUCGGCCGUGGGUUACCAGCCGACGCUGGCCACCGAAAUGGGCGCGAUGCAGGAGCGGAUCACCUCGACGAAAAAAGGUUCGAUUACCUCCGUACAGGCCGUUUACGUGCCGGCGGACGACCUGACCGACCCGGCCCCGGCGACCACGUUCACGCACCUGGACGCCACCACCGUAUUGAGCCGCAAGAUCACCGAGCUGGGGAUCUACCCGGCCGUCGAUCCGCUCGAAUCGACUUCGCGCAUCCUCGAUCCGCUGGUGGUCGGCAAGGAACACUACGAAACCGCGCAGCGCGUAAAACAGAUCCUUCAGCGCAACAAGGAGUUGCAGGACAUCAUAUCGAUCCUCGGCAUGGAGGAGCUCUCGGACGAAGACCGGCAGACCGUGAACCGGGCGCGCCGCGUACAGCGUUUUCUGUCGCAGCCGUUCACCGUGGCCGAACAGUUCACCGGCGUACCGGGCGUGAUGGUCACCAUCGAGGAGACGAUCCGCGGGUUCAAAAUGAUCCUCGACGGCGAAGUCGAUUACCUGCCCGAGCCGGCCUUCCUGAAUGUCGGAACGAUCGACGAAGCGAUCGAAAAAGGUAAAAAACUGUUAGCACAGGCUGCCGUAUGA